CGCGGGAGGGAAGACGAGGAAGGCGGAGCAGAAGGGCGCGGGGACUUCGGCCUGCGCGCUUUCCAAAGAAGCGGGUCGACUGGGAUGCAAGAGGGACGCGCCUCCAAGCAGGACUUCGCCCGGGCCACACCGGUAGAGAGCUUGAUCAACAGUGCUGUCAACAUGGAUGGUCCGCCCGUUCCUUGGUUGCAACGAUUUGAUAAAGCUUCUCGUCUCCUCCUCUGCACACUGAUGUCUGGGCAUUGGGGGGCCCUGGCUGCUUUCCGCACUCUUCAGCGCUCCCUGUCUGGGCAAGGAGCAAGCCAGGACUUCAGCUGGUGGACCUUCACAGAGAUUCUGUGUUCUCAAGAGCCUGUCCUCACAGGCUCUGAGGAGACCCUUGCCUUAAAACCGUUGCUGUUGCUGCUUCCAGUGUUGUGCCAAAGAAACCUCUUUUCCCUGUUGCUUACAGUACAGUCUACAGUGCCAGAAGCAUGCCUCCAACACCUACUUCAAGCUUCUAGGCAGGAUCCCAGCCCUGACCUAUGGGUGCAGAGACUGAGGGAUUUACUACAAGUGAGGGUGCAAGAGAAUAGCUCUGUGAUGCCAGUCCUACUAUCUGAUUCAUGUCGGCAGCAGCUGAAAUAUAUUUGCCAGAAAGUUAGUUGUGGGAAACCUGGAUUAGAAAAGAAAUUAAGCUGGUGCGCUAAACAGGCAAGUCCCUACAUAGCAUGGACUGGAGAUGCUCCUGGUUCCAUGCCUCAGAUAAGGGAAAAUAAGGAAGUAGCUGAGGAACCACUGGAUCCUGAAGAAAAGGUGCUGGAGAAGAGGUCCAGACUGGAAGUUGAAUUGAAUACAGAACUUUGUGAACCACAUGGUCUAAUGCAGGGAGUUGGAGUUAACACAGGGAAUGAACUGAUGAUGGAGGUGUCCGAGAAUGAAGGUGUUCAUAGCACAAGCAAUGAUGUAUAUCAAAGCUGCCCAGAGGAGGAAGCAGAAGAAGCAAAAGUUGCCAAUUGGAGUCCCCAACAGGACACUGUAGCCGAGGUCCCUGAUUAUAUCAAGGACCAUGUACCAAAACUAAAAGAACUUCUAGAGAUGCAGUUUGAUCUUUCUGGUGGGAUUGCGCCGCCUGAGCUACAAGUUUUUAAUGAAUGUACUCCAAGCCAGUUGGAAGUUCUAUGCUCAUUACUGCAGCUCUCGGAGUGCCCAGAAAACAAACUUCUGCAUUUCUGCACUUGGUUAGUCGCACUCUCACCUGAUCUUGGCUAUAGUAAUGCAGCAGUUCUUGCUGAAAAGCUCUUUCUACCUCGGGUUCUCUUGUUGACUGAGCCACCUUCCUGGCCUCUCACAACUGCCCUGAUGAUGUUCUGCUCCAAAUAUUCUCGCCCAGUCUGUUGUACCUUGAUUUCUUCAAUUAUACAGGCUCCAGCGAAAGGCCUUGAGCAGAUGAAGCUGGUGUGCAAACUAAUUGAGGAGUGUUUGGAGCCUGAGUAUGUGAGGCUGGUAUUCAGCCAUAUUAUAGAAAUGCCGUGGUCAGAAGAUCUCCUUGUAGCUGUGCAUUCUUUGCUGGGAAGACAGGUAGUGUUAUCCACUGAGCUCUUCAACAUGUUGGUCUUGAAUCUUUGCCAGAUGGCUCAAGAAUUUGCCACAUCAAUGCAUUAUGCAAAUCUGGUUCUGACAGUGUUGACGAAAUACCAAAGCAGUAUUACAUUGGCCCAUCAGCAUCGCUUCUCCUGUGCCUUGGACCUCAACAGAACAAUCUUGAAGAAGUCUCUUCAGGCUGCACUGAAGCGAGUGACUUCAAAUAAAGAGGAAACCUGAGUUCCUUUCCUAUGUGGAAUAAUGCUAGAAGGCGACCUUUCUUUAGUAUUGGUAACCAUAAGAUGGAGAAGACUAAAGACCCAUUGAGAGGCUGAGGAAUCAAAGAUGACCUGUGUCUUUUCAAAUGUUAACUCUUUCUCUUGUCUUUCAAGAAGAUGUGACUUUACAAAAUGCCAGCUGGAUUUGUCUGAACAAACGGUGUGCGCAUUGUCUUGGAGUAUAUCUGGAGUGAGCCUGAUUGCCAAGCAAUUUUGCAUCAGUAGUUGUGAGAAGUGAAACUUCUUCCAUUGCCAUUAACACUGGAAGCUCAUGCAAAUAGGGAGCUUUAUAUAUCUCUGUCACUUUCCAGUGGGAAGGGUGUGCCUCCUGAGAACAACAACUGCUGGAACUGCCAUGGUUGGAGAUAAAGAUACCUCUAGGGUAGCCGUAGUAUGAAAUAACUGCCCCACCCCCAAAAACAAACACUCCAUAAUCUAGCUAUUUGUGUGAAUUCUGCAGCGACAAAUAAAAAUCAGUUAACUAAUUUGUUAUCUUUCAGCAUGAAAAGCCCACAAGGAGUUGGUCCAUAGUAUAGUCAGUGCAGCUGUUGUAGCCUAAGUAGCAACUUGAAUUGCCUGGAUAAAAAAUUUGAACACA